GUAAUUUCCACUAGUUCCACUAAUUCCAUAUUGCAUACCCAUAUACUCCCAGGCCAACUCUACAAUACACAUAUCCAUACGUAUCUACCUACCUAGGUACUCACGAUGGCUGGCGAUGGAAAAGUGGGCGACUCAGCCCGGGAAAAUACCCAGAACCAUGAUUAUACUUCAAAUGUCAAGACCGCUCUCGGCAAAGCAGGAGUUGAUGAUGAAACCAUCCUCAAGUUAUUAGACCUUGGAGUUUCAGAUUUUUCCAUUCCCAUGCUUGGGGACUCCAGUCCUAUUCAUCUAGCUCCAGGUGCCUCGUGCAGAUUUGAGGGCGCCCAGCAACGAUAUUUGAAGAACGAGUUCGAAGUAAAAUCCGGAGAACUACUGGAUCAUUUCAAUCUUCACUCGGAUGCCAUCAGCGAAGACACACAUAUGCCGAAGACCCUCGAGUAUAUGAGUAACAUCGGCCGAUCAAACAACACAGACGUUACAAAGGUGAAAUGUACCUCUGGGAUACGUGCGUUGAAGAGAAUAAAGCGGUUGAAAAAUGGAGCUAGUGAAGAACUUGAGCAAAUGAACUACAUCAAAGGAGAGUUGAGCAUAUUGAGAAAGAUUCAUCGGGUUAAGUUUCGCCACUUCGUGAAACUCACGGCGAGUUACACUGACGCGGAUUAUGUCGGUAUGCUUUUGAGCCCGGCAGCUGACUGCAACCUUGCAAGCUACCUAGAUAACUUCCAACCUUCAAACAGGCCGCUCCUGGAAGAGUUCUUUGGCUGCCUCGCCACGGCUCUGGCGCACUUGCACUAUGUUGAGCAUAUACGACACAAGGAUAUCAAGCCAGCAAACAUCCUUGUCAAGGGUAACAACGUCUUGCUCACUGAUUUUGGGAUCUCGCUAGACUGGAGCACUUCUCUCCAGACAACAACGGAUGAAGAGAAGAGGAAAACCCCUAAAUACUGUGCCCCCGAAGUUCAUGAGGACAAACCGAGAAACUCGAAGUCAGAUAUUUGGUCGCUUGGGUGCGUCUUUCUGGAAAUGUUCACAGUGUUGAAAGGGGAAAAAAGGAGCUAUGUGGACAACUUUCUGAAUCAGGAUGGACCCCCAAAGUAUUGUACGUCGCAGCAAGCAAUCAAAGACCUCCUCGCGAAUCUAAAAACGGUCGGCUCUGGACGCAAGAAUAAGCCACUGGAUUGGAUCAAGAAGAUGUUGAAAUGGACUAAGGAAGACCGACCCAACGCAAGAAUAUUAAGAAAGGAAAUCCUAGAGAAUGGAUAUUGCGGGAUUUGCUGCAAACAUGACAAGAUCUUCAAAGACCUCCCACCGAACGCCCCAUCGAAACAGGGGGCACCCACCACUAGUCCUUCCAUUCCAUCUCAACACACCAUGGAAACAUACGCACUCACCAUAAAAUUUCUCAGUGGAUUCAAAGGCACGCCCCAGUGGAGAGAGAUCGAAGUGAUCCAUAUUGGUUCGAUUUCAAAAUGCUGGAUCUCGCCUGACGUUCUUCACGGUUCCGAGCUCAAGCUUCGCAAUAACGAAAGUGGAGAAUCUUUUACAUUGGAUGGAAAAAUGUUCAAAUCGAACAAGCAUGCUGAGAUCACUUGCAAAUCCAACAAUAUCAAAUCGACUUUGACGGAAAAGUUCUUCGUUGCGACGGAAGCGACACCAUUCGACAUGCUCGUUCCGACGUCCACAUUCAACCAGAUGAGGCAACUGAAUAACUCCAAUAGAUGAUGAAUUGGGUAGCUAUACAGGUCAAUUCACUUCACCCCCCAUAUAUUCGUGUCAGUCUGAGCUUUCUGGCCGGCUAGAUCAUGCGGGAUUACGUGAAAAGUGCCUAGAAGGCAUUACACGUCAACAGUUUAAUCUGAAAUCGGGCUUUCCACACCGAAUAGUCGUCGCGGGUCCUAUGACCCCUUUUUCAACUACAUGUGUCAUAUGAGCCUGUAUCCCUGCAACGAUUACGUUGCAAGGUGAUGUGUUCGCAAUGUCUUCGUCGAUGAUAUGUGAUCGAGAUGCAUUAUAGAAAACUAGACGCCGUACCACGCGGAGCUUGAUGGUUGAUUCGGUGAUGUGCUGCUUCGGGGGCCUCUAAUGACUCCACGUCAGCGAUCGA